AUUGCCAUCAAUUUCAUAUUUUUUAGUGUGUGAAAUUUCUUUUUACUUCAAAAUUUUUAUUGUACUCUUUUAGUUUUUAUUAUGAAAUUGAAUUAGUGACUCUAAAAAUGUUUCUUUAACUUGUGUUGUGUGGCUUAUGGGGUGAAUUGGGCAGUAAUAGAAACCUUAUUUUGUAGCUAUGGCAAAGAAUCUCUUGAACUACAAGGAUAAGUAGCCUUAUCAUUCCGUUUUCAUGGCGGAAUAGGUCACUUUUUUUCAUGUAGAAAUUUUCGGUGGAAAAAGCUGCGGAAUGGAGCAAUAAGAGUGAAUGUGGCGUGUGAAAAAAUGAGUGAUUCCCGUGCCCUGGCCAUUGAUGAGGUGUAUGAGUUCGUGAAAGUUGCAAAUUACGCAGCAGCCUUCAAUUUACUGAUGGAACAAUUGGAGCUUCAGCUGACUCCGGAAAAGUCAACGUCGGAGCUCUUGACAUUUGUCUUACAUCAGCACACAGAUCAGCUGCAGGCCCAAGAGAAAUACACAGAGCUAUUUGAUUGCUAUGACAAAGUGCUGCGUCAGUAUCCCAAAGAUUGCGAAUUGCUAACGGAGCUGGGAUCGAGGCUGUACAAACUCGGUCGUUACGUUGAAUCCUUCACGUGCUUCCGGCAAGUCCUUCAGAUCGAUCCCAAGCAUCUCAAAGCCUUCCACAGCCUUCAGUAUGUGAAGGAUAAACUUGUGGAGAGAUGGCAUUUCCGGAUGCUCAAUGAUUCCAUUCGUAGUUACAUCUACGAAGGAGUUAUAUCCUCGAAGAUACAGAAGGGAUAUGACACGGUACUGAACCUUGGCACCGGGACUGGAUUGCUGGCAAUCUAUGCCUUCCGCGGGAAAGCCAAGAAUAUCGUGACUUGUGAAACUUCUGAGGUAAUGACUUCAAUAGCCCAGAAGGUGUUUGAUGCUAAUGGAAUGCAGGAGAUUGAGGUACUGGGAAAGAAUUCCCGGGAAAUUGGUGAGGGAGAUCUUCGGGAUGGGAAGCCAAAGUUGAUUGUCACGGAGAUUCUGGACUGUGGGGUAUUUGGAGAGGAGAUUCUAGAGACACUGAUUCAUGCCAAGGAGCAUCUUCUGGCCGAUGGUGGACAGAUACUUCCGCAUGAGGUUAGUGUUACUGUUGCUCCUUUUCAGUCCAGGUCAAUUGCAAUGGGAAGUGUUCUGCUCAAUGAGUCUUUUGAGGAGUAUAUUUUUCUCAAUGGCUACAGUGUUGUGGCUAGUCAGACGGAUCUCUAUGAUGCCACAAAUGUCUCCCAGUUGCCUUCCUAUGAGACUCUGAGUGCUCCUGUUGAGUGUUUAAGGGUCAAUUUCAACAAUCUCGAGCAGAUGAAGGAGUUUUUUCAGGGCAGUGGAAAUACUAUUCGGAUGCGAUGCCUGCAGUCGGGGUAUGUGGAUGGAUUUGUGAUGUGGUUCAAGUUGAUGAUCAAUAGGCAUAGGACAACGGUGAUUGAUACCAGUCCAAAUGCCGGAAGUUGCUGGGAUCAGGUGAUUUUUCGCCUGAAUCAGAGGCUUUAUGUUGAGAGUGGACGAAUGCUGAGUGUGACGGUGUCUUGUGGCACUGGACACCUUCGGCUACAGCAUGCCCACAAUCAGCCGACGGAUAAGUGCCUGGAAAUUCCCGAAGAUGUACUGAGAUUCAUCAAUGAUGGGGAUUAUUUGACCAAAUUGGAGUAUGAUGUGAAUUCUCUGAGGAAAAAUGGAACUUUUUCCACUGUGAUGGACUUUUCGCCCUUUCCCUAUGUGGGAAUUAUGUUGCUCAAGGAGAAGCGUGCCCGGCGACUUUUCUGUUCGGAUCAGGCACGUGCUUUUGUGGAAUUUGUGGCUGAGAACAAUUGCAUAGAAUCUGCUUGUAUUGAAUUCCUAGAAUCUCCCCUGGAAUCAUCUGUUAGCAGUACAAAAACCCUCUUUGACCUUAUUAUCUUGUGUCCCAUUCAGAUGAGUGGAGAAAUUAACAAUACUCACAUAGCUAUGUAUCCCCUGCUAAAGGGAAUGCUGAAGCCAAAUGGGGUGAUUGUGCCGGAAAAGAUUGAGGUUGUGGGCAAUGUCGUAAGAUCGGAAUGGUUAGUGAAGUCAAGUAUGGUGAUUGAUACUCAGAUGGAAACAUUUGGCAUUUCACAGAACAUCAAUCAGUACGCUACUCAGCACUUUCUUGACAUCAGUGGGAAUUUUGAGCAUGAGAAGGUGGCGACGCUCAAACUGGCUGAUUUGGCACUCGAUGAUGCUUUGCAUGAGAACUGUGUGACUUUUAGGGUGAAGGAGGGUGAGAAAAUUGACGGAAUUCUCUACUAUUUCAACAUCUUCUUCACCAGGAAGGCAGAUCCAUUUGUGACACAUGGGAAUGAUGCAAGAAAUUGCUGUUUCAUCAGUCGUGGUGAAUGUGAUAGGAAAUCUCAAUUGACAAUCCACUUUGUACAGAAUUAUGGUCUUAUUAAGUGUAGUAUUGUUGAGUUUGACUGACCUUAGAACAAUUUACAUGACCCAUCAUCAAUCCCUACACGCAACAAGUAGCUAGAAAUCUCAAAUUCACGGGUUAGAGAAUCUCUCAUAGCGGUGACCGUUACAAAGAUUAAAAAAAAAUCCCAACAAGAUUCCUAUUUAAUGCGGUCAAAGUGAUUGCUCCGCACAAAAUUGUAAUAUCAAAUUAGCCGAAAAUGUGUAAUAUAGCAAUUUAAAUACAAUAUAUGCAGGAAAAUACCAAAA